AUGGACCCUGCCCACCCUUCCUCGAGCCGCUACCAGCCCAUUCCCGAUGCAAGCGCUGCUACUAUCCCAUCACUUGCCAAUCUCUCGGGAUCCUCAUCUGCCUCGCAGCGCAGCCUCACCCCGAUAUCAGCUCGGCGAAGGCACUCCCAGUCUCAGACAGACGAUGGAGUGGAAGACGAGGAGUCCAAGAGGAGAGGGGUGGAAGAAGACGAUGACGAGGAAGAUGGAGCAUUAGAGCUCGAUGAGUUUUUGCCAAACGGGAGAUCUAGUAGAAGAGCCAAUGGUGUCGUUGGCCAGGACGACGAUGACGAUGGGCAUCACAAGGGUCCCGAUGAAGGUCUUGACCCCAGUGACCCCCUGACUCUCGUUAAGCGAGCAGUACCAGAGACGGACGAUCCUACCUUGCCCGCCUUGACGCUGAGGGCAGUCAUGAUCGGGUCCUUCUUUGCAGUCCUGGGGGCUGCAGUAGCGCAGCUCUUCUUCUAUAAGUCCAACUCGCCUGCCUUCUCUUCUUACUUUGUCAUCCUGGUGUCUCUCCCGGUGGGCAGGUGGCUAGCCCGCAACGUCCCUGAGAAGACAGUGAAGCUGCCGUUCAUCGGCCCAGUUGAGCUCAACCCGGGUCCAUUCAGCAUCAAGGAGCACCUGCUCGUAGGAGUGAUAGCAUCCUCUGGUGCCUCAUCGGCGUACGCCUCAGACAUUCUCAACAUCCAGAUCCUCUUCUUCAAUCAGCGAAUGGGACCGAUCUCUUCCCUCUCGCUGCUAUUCUCAACGCAGCUGCUAGGCUUCGGAUUCGCCGGGCUGGUGCACAACCUCCUCGUCAAGACGCCUUCGAUGAUCUUCCCAUCUACGCUCGUCAUCACAUCGCUGUUCCACACUCUCCAUGGAGCGCAGAGCUUGGACAUGAGGAGGAGACUCAGGUUCUUCGUGGUUGCCUUCCUCGGCAUCUUCUCGUACCAGUUCCUGCCAGCGCUAAUGGCUCCCACUUUGAGCAGUAUAGCCAUUCUGUGUCUGAUCAAUCACGAAAGCCCAGUGUCGAGGACGCUCAGCAGCGGCUACAAGGGCUUCGGUCUGGGCAAUAUCUCGCUGGACUGGACGGCCAUAGGCGGGAGUGGGCCGCUGUUUCAGCCGUGGUGGGCAGCGCUGAACUACUACUCGGGCUUCGCUCUGAUGAUGUGGAUUAUUAUGCCAUUGCUCUACUUCUACUUCAAUCUCUGGGAUGCCUCUUCCUUCCCAUCUGCUCUAGGCUCCGGGCUCUACACCGCCUCGGUCCCUCGCGAGAGGUUCAACGUCAGCAAUGUCCUCAAGCCAGACAACACCCUCGACUUAGUCAAGUGGAAGACGGAAGGUCCGAUCAUGCUGACGCCAUACUUUGCCAUCAGCUACGGUAUCGCCUUUGCCAUCCUCACGUCUCUGCUGAUGCACAUCUUCCUAUGGCACAGAGGAGACGUCGUGAGAGCGCUGAGCAAUCCAGUUCAUGACGACUACCACAAUCGGGCAAUGCGAAAUUACGAGAGCGUGCCAAAGUCUUGGUAUUUUGCGACUCUGGCUGUGUCCUUGAGUACCUCGGUCAUACUGGUGGCAUUUGCACCUCUGCAGCUUCCAGUAUGGGGGCUCCUUAUCGCUAUCCUUAUUGCUCUUACUUUCCUGGUGCCGGUGGGAAUUAUCAAGGCCGUCUCCGACACCGGUGUCGGCCUCAAUGUCAUCACCGAAUUCGUCGCCGGGUACAUGCUUCCCGGUCGCCCUAUUGCUAACGUCUGCUUCAAAUGCUACGGCUACAUGGCCAUGUCGCAAGCGCUGGACCUUAUUGUAGACCUCAAACUUGCUCUGUAUAUGAAGAUUCCUCCCAAGUCCAUGUUCUUGGCCCAGCUACUCGGCACUAUCAUCGGCUGCGUUGUCAACUACACCGUCCUCUCCUUCGUGCUCUCGCCUGCCAGCGGCUACAUUCCGUACCUGAGCGGCGAGGUUGUGGACCCCACUGGACAAUGGGACGGCCGUAAAGUGCACAUCUUCUGGAGUGCUUCCAUCAUUUGGGGCGCCAUCGGUCCCGCCGAGUUCUUCUCUGGCGAAUACCGCGUCCUCUACUACGGGUUCAUUCUCGGCUUCCUCCUCCCCCUCCCCUUCUACUUUGCCCACAAGAUCUACGCCAAACCUCUCGCUCUCCGAGGCAUCGACCUGAGUAAAGUCGCCUUUCCCAUCUUUUUGCAUGGGGCGAAUGCGGCGCCUCAGGUGCCGACGAAUAUCAUUCUCAGUGGUUUCACGGCGAGCUUCUUGAGUCAGAAGUGGGCGAGGGAGAAGAGACCGAAGUGGUUCGCGAGAUAUAACUACGUCCUGUCUGCCGCCCUGGAUGCAGGCUCCUCCAUCAAUGCCCUCGUCGUCUUUGUCCUAUCGGUGACCCUGCUGAAGCUACUGCCCAUGCCGCACUGGCUCCUCAAUCCCGCAAAAGACUCGGAGUACUGCACCCCCUCCGCUGCCGUUGCGGGUGUGGCCAACUAG